AUGGCUGGCAUGGGCGCCAAUUCUGGAGGUCCUGUCCAAGCCGGCGCAAUGAGCAUGAUGGGCGGUAAUAAUCCGCCAAGCGAUACUACUCAGCUACUGAAUACUUACAUCUACGACUACCUUCUCAAGAACCAGCACUGGGAGCUUGCCCGAGGGUUCAACAAGACCUUCAACUUGAACAUCCAAAAUGGUGGAACAAAGUCGAGCCCAGGCCAGCGCAACGUGAAUGGGGUUGACAGCUCUAUGGAUGAAGAUUCCAAAGAUGAUGAGACGCGACCUUCUGACUUGCCCAAGCCUUUGAUUCCUGGAAACACUGCCUCGGACAAUUCCUUCCUCUUUGAUUGGUGGUCCCAGUUCUGGGAUGUUUUCGCAGCACAACGCGCAAAACCAACGAGCAAUACUAGGACUGCACCUUAUCUCGGAUUUUCUAAACAACAAGCACAGAUUCGCAAUGACCGAAAUGGCACUAUGAUGAACGUAGCAAACAUGGGCGGCAUGAUGCGACCCGGCAUGAACCCACAGCAUGCUGAAAUGCAGAAGCGCAUGCUGGCCGCGGGAAACAGGCCGAACAACCCGGCAAUGCAAGCAAUGCAGCAGGCGACACAGAAAAAUAUGAUGAAUGGCAUGCAGAGAGACGCUUCCAUGGGUGAACAACGUCCUUCGCCCCCUUCAAAUGGUGAAAAUGUACCAUCCCCAUCAAAACGCCCCCGAGUCGAAGGAGGCUUCAAUGGCCAGGUGGGCCCCGGAGGUCGAAGCCAACCAAUGCCAGGUCAACAAAUGGGUGCGACAUCAGGUCCCGGUGGUGGUCCAAUGAUGAUGGCGAAUGGUAUGCAACAAGGCGAAAUGGGACCGAAUGGCUUCGGCUUCAAUCCGCAAAAUCAACAACAGAAGCCCAUGGACGGAAUGGGUCCUAAUGGACCACAACAGAUGGGUGCCCAAGGGAUGGAAGGUCAAGCAGAUCUUUUCGCUGGAAAUGCGAACGCAGGUCGUAUGGCAGGUGGGGGACCUAACCAACCUGGCGGUCAAGCACCUCCCGGGAACCAUGCUCUUCAGGACUACCAGAUGCAAUUGAUGCUCCUCGAACAACAGAACAAGAAGAGAUUAUUGAUGGCCCGUCAAGAGCAGGACAACCUGACCCAGGUUCCGCACGCAGGUGUCGGCGGACAGCCAGGAUUCGGAUCUCAAGCAAUGUCUCCACAGGGCAGUCGCGCAGGUCCAUCCCCAAAUCCAGCUGAUCAGAUGAAACGAGCAACACCAAAGAUUGGUCAGACUGGCUUGCCCGGCUCGCCGAUGCCUGAUGGAAACAUGCAAGGCAACAGAGCGUCACCUAUUCCGAACGGGGCCGGCCCUUUCGAUCCCUCGCAAAUGCCUCCUGGGAUGCCCCCUCAAUACUAUGCGGGCCAGAUGGGAGCCAACGGGAUGAGACCUCCAAGCUCGCAUCCGAAUCCCAACUUCGGCAACGGUCCUAUGAACCCGGCGCAGAUGGAAGCUAUGCGGCGUCAACAGCAAGGACAAAUGCCCAAUGGCAUGUGGCCUGGUGCCCCUCAUAACAUGAUGCCACAGAACCCUGGCCAGCAGCAACCACAGAUGGGAACUCCACAACAGCGCUCUAUGCCACCUCCACCAGCCCCGCAGGGUUCUGGCGAACAGCAACGAACGCAGCCACCUUCUCCUCAGCCAAACGCCAAUGCACCCCCGACUCCGUCUCAAACCAACAAAGCUGCUCCGAAGGGUAAGAAAGAAAAACCUGAAGGCAAGAAGAAGAACCCACCAAAGAAGAACUCUGUUGCGGCAGGUGCAACACCGGCCUCUGACGCGGACCCUCCUCCGACUCCAACGCCUUCGACACCAAUUACGCCAAUGCAUGCCAGUUCGUUCGCAAAGAAUGGACAGCCACAAGGUGGAAAUAACCCGAAUCAACAACAAACUUCGCAGCCCGCCCAGCAAGUCGUUCAGCCCUCCAUGGAUCCCAACGCGGGGGCACCUUUUGGCACUAUUGAUAGCAACGAUGGUGGCAUGGAUCUCAACUUUGGCUCUCUCGAUGGUCCUGACGUUUUGGAAACGUUCGAUUUCGACUCGUUCCUACACACAGAAGACAACAGCGCCUUUGCCUUUGGCGACUUCAAUACCGGAUUCACGACUGAUGGUGUAGAAGCUGGCGACAUGAACUAG